AUGUCGCAAACGGCAGGUGUAAAGCCCAUGACCAUUGUUGGUCGAGUGGCAUCUGAAAGAGAAAGAUGUCUAGGAAUGACUGAUGCUGAAAGGGCUUGGCGUAAGCAAUGGUUAAAAGACCAAGUUUUAGCUCCUAACGAGCCUGUUUAUGUUGAAGAAUAUUGGAAAGAGCGUAUUAACCCUAUUCGUCGUUUUUACCGUAAGCCUUUGGAUGUUAUAUACAACGCUCUUACACCAGUGCUGGGAGCUCAGCGUGCCGCAGAUUAUAGAUAUAUCACUGGAAAACUUGGAAUUAUUGCUUUUGGAAUAUUGGGUGUACAUUAUUACUUUAAAUACAACGGUAAUAACUGGACUAAGAAAGGAGGUUGGAGGGUGUCAAAAACAAAGCCAAUGGUCCUGCCAGGGCAGCCUGGAUUUCCAUUUAAAUCGGAACGCACUCUUGACUCUGAUUAUGCUAACAGAGGAUUUAAAUCAUCCCCUAUUUAA